AUGUCUGCUGAGAUUCGCUCAAGGGGUGAUAUAGUGUUAAACGUUGCUUCGAGUGGUAUUGCAUCUUUACUUCUUCCCAAUGGAAGAACGGCACACUCAAGGUUCAAAAUACCGCUGAAUAUAACUGAGGAUUCUGUAUGUAACAUCAAACCUGAUUCCCCUCAAGCAAUGUUACUGUUGAAAGCCAAACUUAUAAUUUGGGAUGAGACCCCAAUGGUUAGUAGGUACUGCUAUGAAGCGCUUGAUAAAUGCUUGGGUGACAUCAUGAGGUGUUCUCCAACAUAUAGCAAAGAUUUGCCAUUUGAAGGAAAAGUGGUUGUACUAGGUGGAGACUUUAGACAAAUUCUUCCUGUCAUUCCACGAGGAUCGAGACAAGAUAUCGUUCAUUCAACCGUGAAUUCGUCUUACCUUUGGAAGUUUUGUCAGGUGUUCAAACUAACAAAAAACAUGAGACUCUCUAUAGGAACGAUUGCUUCAGAUCAAGAUGAGAUAGAGCAAUUUGGUGAGUGGUUAUUGAAAGUUAGUGAUGGUCUCAUAGGUGACAAUAUGGAUGGUGAAUCUGAGAUAUGUCUUCCAGGAGAUAUUGUUAUUCCUUCUUCGGACCAGGCAUUUGAUGAGUUAGUUCAUUUUUCUUAUCCAAAUAUUCUGGAAAACAUGUCCUCAAAGGAUUUUUUCAAAGUAAGAACUAUAUUGGCUCCCACACUAGACAUCGUUGAAGAGGUCAACAACCAUCUGAUGGCUAUCAUUCCUGGAGGGAAAAAAUUAUAUCUUAGUUCGGAUUCCAUAUGUAUGGAUGAAGGGAAUAUGGAGAGUCAACUAGAUCUCUAUGGUCCUGAGUUACUGAAUAGCAUAAAUUGCUCUGGUUUGCCUCCACAUAAAUUAAUACUCAAGGUUGGUGUUCCGGUGAUGUUACUAAGGAAUAUUGACCAAUCCAGUGGUCUUUGUAAUGGUACAAGGCUACAAGUUAGGAAGCUUGGAAAUCAUGUCAUAGAAUGUGAAGUCUUAACAGGUAACAAUGUUGGUCAUAUUGCUUUGAUUCCAAGAAUGAAUAUGGUACCAACAAAUGAAACCGUCCCAAUUAGAUUCCAACGAAGACAGUUUCCCAUAAUAGUAUCGUUUGCCAUGACAAUUAAUAAGUCUCAGGGACAAACUUUAUCUCAUAUUGGAUUGUACUUGUCUAGACCAGUUUUUACACAUGGCCAACUAUAUAUGGCACUUUCAAGAGUUAAGACCUUGAAUGGUGGUCAUUUGAGUUGCUUAUCUUGCUCUCUGGCCUUUUACCAGAUCCAGAACUUGAAACAUCAGUUCUUCAGUUUGUCUCAAAGAGGGGCAUUCUACCUACGUGAGAUUCCACUUGCUGCAACAUUGGCAUUUUGGGUCAAAUUAAGAGGUAGAGGACUUUGGAUUGGUAUACAUAUUGGAGCUUUUGUGCAGACUCUCCUUCUUUCAAUCAUAACCAGUUGCAUUGAUUGGGAACAAAAGGUCAUCAAUGCAAGAAAGAGGCAAUUUGAAAGGCACUCGUCCGAGGAUAAUGGAUUGAUCAGAGAAGACAAUGACGAAAACUCAAUUUGA